CUGCGAGCGGUCAGCAUGCAUCUCCACCUGCUCUUUCUGUUGGCGCUGUGCGGGGCAGGCUGUAUGGCCGCAGGUCCCAGCUACAGCCUGAGAGGGAGCUGGCGGGUGAGCAACGGGAAUAGUUCCCUGGAGCUGCCGGCUACUGUCCCUGGCUAUGUGCACAGCGCCCUGCAGCAGCACGGGCUGAUCCAGGAUCCUUACUACAGAUUUAAUGACCUGAACUACAGAUGGAUUUCCUUAGAUAACUGGACCUACAGCACAGAAUUUAAAAUCCCCUUUAAUCGCAGUGAAUGGCAGAAGGUAAAGUUGAUUUUUGACGGAGUCGAUACAGUUGCAGAAAUCCUGUUCAAUAAUGUCACUAUUGGGAAGACAGACAACAUGUUCACCAGAUAUAGCUUUGACGUCACCAAUGUGGUCAAAGACGUGAACUCCCUAAAGCUGCGGUUCCAGUCAGCAGUGCAGUAUGCUGAGUGUCAGAGCAAAGCUCACACUCAAUACCGGGUGCCCCCAGAGUGCCCCCCAGUGGAACAGAAGGGUGAAUGCCACGUCAACUUCAUCCGAAAGGAGCAGUGCUCCUUCAGCUGGGACUGGGGGCCUUCCUUUCCCUCUCAAGGAAUCUGGAAAGACGUUAGAAUCGAAGCCUAUAACAUCGCUCAUCUGGAUCACCUGACAUUUUUGCCAUUGUAUGAUAACACUUCUCAGGCGUGGACUAUUGAAAUAGAGGCUUCUUUUGAUGUUGUCAGCACAAAGCCAGUUGGUGGUCAGGUGACUAUAGCCAUCCCCGAACUGAAAACACAGCAGGCAAACCACAUUGAACUUCAACAUGGGCAAAGGAUUGUUAAACUCCUUGUCAAAAUUAGGAAGGACGUCACCGUGGAGACCUGGUGGCCUCAUGGACAUGGGAACCAGACUGGGUACAACACGACAAUUCUCUUUGCGCUGGAUGGAGGCUUAAAAAUUGAAAAAGCAGCCAAGGUUUAUUUCAGAACAGUGCAACUUAUAGAAGAACCUAUAACAGGGUCUCCUGGUCUGAGUUUCUACUUCAAAAUUAAUGGGCUUCCUAUAUUUCUGAAAGGCUCAAACUGGAUCCCAGCUGACUCAUUCCAAGACAAAGUCACUUCUGAACUGCUGCAGCUCCUUCUCCAGUCCGCCGUGGAUGCUAACAUGAACACUCUGCGCGUGUGGGGGGGUGGCAUCUACGAGCAGGAUGAAUUCUAUGCACUGUGUGACGAACUUGGAAUAAUGGUGUGGCAGGACUUCAUGUUUGCCAGUGCCCUCUAUCCAACUGAGCCAGGCUUCCUAGAGUCAGUGAGAAAAGAAGUCACUUACCAGGUCAGGAGACUGAAGUCUCACCCCUCCGUCAUCAUCUGGAGUGGUAAUAAUGAGAAUGAAGUGGCUCUCAGGGUGAACUGGUUCCAUGUAAACCCCAGGGACCUGGGGACUUACAUCAACGACUAUGUGACCCUCUACGUGAAAACCAUCAGGGAGAUUGUCUUAUCGGAAGAUAGGAGUCGUCCGUUCAUUGCAUCCAGCCCAACCAAUGGGGUCAAAACCAUGACGGAAGGCUGGAUCUCUAAGGACCCUUAUAGCACCCAGUAUGGCGACAUGCAUUUUUACGACUAUUUCAGUGACUGCUGGGACUGGAAGGUCUUUCCAAAAGCUCGAUUAGUGUCUGAAUAUGGCUACCAGUCCUGGCCUUCCUUCAGCACACUACAAAAGGUCUCUCGUCAAGAGGACUGGUCUUACAGCAGCCGCUUCUCCCUUCAUCGGCAGCAUCAUGGAAAUGGCAACAAUGAAAUGCUUCACCAGGUACAGCUUCAUUUCCAACUCCCCCAAAGGAGAGACCCAGUGCGUGCAUUUAAAGAUACCAUCUACCUCACUCAGGUGAUGCAGGCCCAGUGUAUCAAAACAGAAACCGAGUUCUACCUGCGCAGCCGCAGCGAGAUAGUGAAUGGAGAAGGCCACACCAUGGGGGCACUGUACUGGCAGCUGAAUGAUAUCUGGCAGGCUCCUUCCUGGGCCUCUCUUGAGUACGGAGGGAAAUGGAAAAUGCUUCAUUACUUCGCUCAGCGUUUCUUCGCUCCGCUGCUGCCAGUCGGUUUUGAAGAUGAAGGCGUUUUUUAUGUCUACGGUGUGUCAGAUCUUCACAAGGACUACCCCACAAAGCUCACCGUGAGGCUCCACCGCUGGAGCUCCCAGAAGCCUUUGUGCACCUUCGUGAGUUUGAGUGCUGUGAUUAAGGCAGGGGAGGCGAUGGUUCUGUUCCAGAUGCCAGUGUCUAAGCUGCUGAAGAGGUGUAAAGAAUGCACAAGGGACACCUGUGUGGUUUCCUUUUACCUCUCAACUGACAAUGAACUCUUCAGUCCAACCAACUACCAUUUCCUGUCCUCCCUGAAGGAUGCCAAAGGGAUGGUCAAGGCCAACAUCACUGUCAGCAUCUCUCAGAAGGGUGAUCUAUUUGUUUUUGAUCUGAAAUCGUCAACAUCAGCCAUCACUCCCUUUGUUUGGUUGGAUGUAGGAAGCAUCCCGGGGAGAUUUAGUGACAACGGCUUCCUCAUGAUUAAGAAGGAGCUCUCGGUACUGUUUUACCCAUGGAAGCCCACCAGCAAGAGUGAGCUGCAGCAGGCCUUCAGUGUCACCUCCCUGACAGAUCUGUACUGAAGGGACGUGAGUUGUAUUUUGGUGGACACUGGGGACGAAGGCUUUCUAGAGCACGGUUGGAGGAGAGGCAGCCUGAGGUAAAGCCAAGGACAUAUCCAUGCCUGGGAUCUUUGACUUCCAACUCUCCAGUCUGAACAGUGACUACUACUAAUCCAGGUGACAUCCUUAGACAAGGUCUUGCCUGGGUUUUCUUGAAUCUUGCAGGAUUGUGGUUUUUGAGAACUUUGUUCCACAGCUAAAACACAUCCAGAAGAGUUAUAACACCUGAUGACCUUUUGGGGAACCACUAGAUUGUGACAUGAUGAUACAUGUCCAACCAAAUGUGGGGGUUCUGAAGUAAUGUAGGCCUUUCAUAGCACCACGAAUUCUACCCACUGAAGGUGAAGUGCGUGCCUACGAUUGCCAGAGGAGAUGGGAACUCAGAUACUACAACAGAUAUUGCUUGAUGGCAGCCAUAUUGAUUAUGGGUAGACAGAGGAGGGGCCUGAAUGUUGUAUUUGAUUACCAUCUCCAUGAAGGAUUCCCUUUUUCAUAUGGUUUGUCAAUAACUCUUUUUAUUUAAAGACCAAGAAAGUGAUCUUUCUUUAAAAAGCAGUCUAGGUUGAUUGUGCUGGUACCUUCCUAUAGUUCCGGCACUCUGGGGGCAGAGGCAGGAGGAUCACAAGUUCAAAGUUGGCCCUGACUACACUGUAGAAUUUUUCACCUCUCUUGGUUCUGAGUGUUCUCGUGAGCUUUAGGCUUAACACUGAUUCUAAUGAACUCUCUAAUCCAAAGGUAACGAGCUACAUUUAAAUUCAUUGGCUCUGCUGGGGAAGUGGCAAAAAAAAUGUUAAUAAGUAGCUAUUUUGGGUACUGGUUUGUGGGCUUUUGGGUACAACUUUUAUACUUUUCUAUAUAUUUUAAAUUAUAUGAAAAAACCAUAAGGUUAUGUAAAUUGCAUUGACAACUUGAAAGUUUAUUUGCACUCUAUUUAACCAUUUAAUAAACACUUCAUUGCAUACAAA